AGGGUUGAAUUAAUUAACAAUUAAAACCUAUACGAAAUAUAUUAUACUCGAGUUGUCAAUAAUCCGAUAACCCCAUCACGUUGCAUCAUAACAUCAUUUGUAAAAUUAUUUAAAAAUGGACUUGUACGGAGAUGAUACUGAACCUGUAGACGGUGGUGAAGAUUUAUUCAAACCAGAAUAUAAAAGAUACAAGAGAAAGGACAGGAAACUCGAUCUGAGUGACGUCAUUGACUUGACGAAGCAGACAAAUAUGGACAAGGUGGAAGAAAUAGAACUACAGGCUUCUCAGCAUCCUGCAGUGAGGGGGUUAAAACCUCUGAAGGAAUGGAAAAAUUAUUCAAUCAAAGGUUUUCCUGGGUUCAUCUUUAUAAAGAAUCCCUUUGAGGAUGGACAACAAAGAUACUGGAUAGAGAGAUGUGUCCUGGAUUAUCCCAACAAACCAAGCAAAACCAUCUUAGAUAACUUGGUAGACAUGAGUGAUAUUGAUAACAUUUGGACCUACAGCCAGAAUAAGUCUAACUCAGACAUAACUGGAAAAGACAGUCUCAUCAUGAAACUUAGAUGGGCAACUAUGGGAUACAAUUAUGAAUGGAAUUCUAGAGCCUACUAUGAUGAAAUGAAAUCGUCUUUUCCGUCAGACCUGCAUGAUCUUUGUCGCUAUAUAGCCUCUGCAGUAGGCUACCACGACUUCUCUGCGGAGACUGCCAUUGUUAACUACUACCACAUGUCUGGAGAUAUGGGCCCACAUAAGGACAUCUCAGAAAUCGACCAUGAUGCUCCUCUACUGUCUUUUAGCUUUGGUCAGGAUGCUUUGUUCUUGCUUGGUGGAAUGACAAAAGCCACGAAACCCGUUUGUCUAUGUCUACAUAGUGGUGAUAUUUGUAUCAUGUAUGGUGACUGUCGACUUGUGUACCACGCCGUUCCUCGCAUUCUGCCUGCCAGUCAAGAUAUCCUCAAACACUGUUACAAUUUCAGCACUGUAUCAAAUAGUUGUGAAAACAAAAUAACACCAGAAGAAAAUGGCAUUUCCUGUCAAGAAAAACUGGAAGUUAAAUCAGUGGGGAGACAGGAUGUGAACUGGGACUUGUUUAGUCAGUAUUUACAGUGUACCAGGAUAAACAUGAAUGUCAGACAGGUUUUACCUCCUGGGGGGACAAACAUUGCAGAUUACCCCAAGCCUGUCUGUCCCUCACAGAAUGGUAGAGGGAUAAAGAAUUAGCAGCAACCACAUGAAAAGGAUUAACAAGAGAAGAUAUUCAUAUAAAAUGAUGUUUUGCUACUGUGAUAUUUUCUUGAUUCGUUAAUAAAAGCAUUGAGUAAUUUA